CGGUCCGGCAGCGACAAGCCAGCACGGCCCACCUCCCCGACGCCGCUAGACCCCGUGCCGCUACCCUCCCGCCGCGCCGCGGUUCGAACGCGAGGGGCGUGGCCGGACGGAACCCCAAACCUGGCGACCUCUAGAUGUCGCGAGAUUUGAUAGGCGACUUCGGCUUUUGCGCUCCGGAAGUGGAAGUGGGGUAGUGAGGGAUCCCUGCGCGUUUGGUUACCUUGGAGAGCCGUUUUGGGUGCUGCUGUGUAUGUAGACGACCGAGGCCCCGCCAGGGCGUCCCGCUGAAGGCUUGCCUGAAGAUCCGAGUUAACCAUAGAGGCCGGGCAGUGGUGGCACACACCUUUAAUCCCAGCACUGGGAGGAGGAAGCAGGAAGAUGUGAGGAGUUCAAGGCCACACUGAGCUACACGAGAUUGAACCAGUCUAAAGAGAAACAGAACCAGGUGGUGAAGGUUCUCGCCUUCGAUCCCAGCAUUUGAAGGCUCAUGCCUUUAAUCCCAGCACUAGGGAGGUGGAGACGGGAUCUUGCCCAUUCGGUUUGAGGAUAGAGAUCUUAAAAAUUGUACAGAAUUUCAAGAUGAGCGAUACUUCUGAAGCGAUUCCAAAUUUUGAAGAGAUGUUUGCAAACAGAUUCACACAAGACGACAAAGAGUACCAGGAAUACUUGAAACGUCCCCCUGAGUCCCCUCCAAUUGUUGAGGAGUGGAAUAGCAGAGGUGGCGGUAACCAGAGAAAUAGGGGCAACUGGCUGCAAGAUAACAGACAGUUUAGAGGUCGGGAUAACAGACGAGGGUGGCCAAGUGACAAUCGAUCAAACCAGUGGCAUGGACGGUCAUGGGGUAACAACUACCCACAGCAGAGACAAGAGCCUUACUACCAACAACAGUACGGACAAUAUGGCCCCAACCAGCGGCCUCCAUAUGGUUACUACUGACAGAAACGAUGCGGCUUUAACAAAAGGCCAUUCAUUUGAUAAUGUGCUAAGUGUUCAUUUGUCUUCUUUUGGUCCUAGUUUUUCAUUCUAUUUUACAGAAUGGGUUGUUAAUUGUUUUGAACUUGACUUGAAAAUAAAUUGAUCUUGCUAGAGGUGUGACAAUUGAUGGGAAUAAAGUGUGGAUUAUA